AUGGCGGCGACAGUGCCGGCCUCAUACGGAAACACCACGAUCGAUCAUCAGCCAGACCUGGUUGACAGUGACCAGGAUGCAGAGGGUGACGAGGACGAUGAGUUAUAUCCUGCCCUCCCACCAUCUGCAACUACCGUAUCGCAGGGAAUUGACGAUAGGACGCCAAAUCACCGGAAGGAUGUUGAGGCAAUCGUAACCAACGAUCGAGAAUCGAAUGAGGUUGAAAUAGGGCAACCAAUUCAGGAUGGCUCUGCUGGGGAGGAUGAUAUACCAGACGCCAACGAUAAGGAUUUUGUUGCUGAUGUUGAUGUUGAUGACGAUGAGGAGACUGAGGCUGUCGGGGCUGUAAAGUUCCCAGACGGUGAAGCCAACUCCGACAUCGAUGACGCAGACGACGAUCCUGAUGACCCAGAUGCUGCGUUUGAAAACGAAUCCAGCGAGUCCAAGGUGAACUCCAAUAUCGACUCUUCUGAGGAAUCGGAAGUAGAUGAGGAAUGGGAGGCCGAAAGCAAUGACAAAGAUGAUGUAGAUGCAGAUGCAUUAAAUCCAAACAAUUGCAUAGUCUGUGGCCAAGAUGAGGAACAUGAUCCUGGUGAAGAAUUCGAGGACUAUUUAUCCUGUGCUGUUUGUGGUGAUCAUUGUCAUCGUCAAUGCGCACGAGAACGAGGAGCUUUAAAUAACGAAGAAGAUGCUGAAAAUUGGAGGUGCCCCGGCUGUGUUAAAAACAAUCUGGAACCUGACAAGCCUGCGGAAACCGCAUCCCGACGAAAAUCUGGCACAUCUAACUUCGCAAGAGAUCUGCUACCCGCACAUAGCAAAGAGUUGGGACCAGAAUCUCAUUCCAUUUUCAGCUCAUUAAUUGUCGACGAUGAUCCGUUGGAUGGUUCGAGAUCACUCCGGAAACGCAGGGCUUCGGAUGAUGUUCCCGAAAGUUCCAACACCGCCCCUCAAAAGCGACAGAAGAAAACGCCCACCAGAUUCGAGGGGAUGAUCCCGACUCCUCUGCCCAGGAACAUGAAAGCAGUCCAGGCAUUAAUCGAAAAUUCUGCAGAGAGCAAUUUUACACCCCGCCAGUCAAGAUCACGCAGAGCACGGAAGACCGAAAUGCCCCUCUGUAGAAUUGUUCAGCGGCAGCAUGGAAAGAUCGUUCUUUCAUUUCGCCUAAACAGCACAAAAUUAAAUAAGAUCUUGAGUUCCCAACCAAAACCCAAAAAUUCAAGACGGAGACCUCCAAAACCACCUCCAGCAGCUGAACCACACCAAUCGCACUUUCACCCUGUUACACCUUUGCCAUACAGCGCUCCCUUCUACUCCUUUCACGACCGGGAAAACGAUGAAUUGAAAUCAAAACCGUACGGAGGAAUAUUAUCAGAAGCUGAUGCUGACACAUCAAAAACACUUCCUCUUGCCCCAGAUCGUGAGAAGUUCGAGGCUGCUCGUCAAAAAGCCGAAGAAGAAUGGAGACAAAAAAUGAACGCUGCUGAGCAAGACGGGGAGUCCGCACCUCGUGCUUCACAAAAGGUCUCCGGCCCACCAAGUAAAAUUAAAUACAUAAGCUUUGGUGGUUAUGAGAUUGAAACAUGGUAUGCUGCACCCUAUCCAGAGGAGUAUAGUAGAAAUCGAGUGCUCUACAUUUGCGAAUUCUGCCUCAAAUAUAUGAAUUCGGAUUUCGUCGCUUGGCGCCACAAACUCAAAUGUCCGGCGAAACAUCCGCCUGGAGACGAGAUCUACCGUGAUGGAUCUGUCUCUGUUUUCGAGGUUGACGGCCGCAAAAACCCGGUAUAUUGCCAAAACCUUUGCUUGCUUGCGAAGCUCUUCCUCGGGUCUAAAACUCUCUAUUACGACGUCGAAACCAUUUCUAUUUUAUGUCAUGACCGAAUAUGA